UGAGCGGCCCAGAUCGGCCGAAGUCAGCCGGCAAGCUCCACGGGAAACCCUAGCUACUCCCGGCCGGCCGCCGCCGCCGCGUCUGCCGUCCACGCUCCACCCGCGGGAGCUCGCCUCCUCCUCCACCCGCUACCCCUCGAGGCCACUCCGGACGGCCAUGGCGCAGAGGGCCGCGGGCGGCCUUCUCCGACGGUCCAUCGGGCUCGCGCCGCCGACAACCGCGAGGGCCCUGAGCACCAGCGCCACCACGCCGGCCGCGGCGGCAGAGGGAGAGGCGGCGGCCAAGGCGAGGAGGAACAAGAAGAAGGACCUGUUCGACGUGGCGCAGUUCCUGCCGGACUGGGGCGUCGGCUACAGGGUUGCCAAGACCACCUGGCGCGACGUCUCCUACCAGAUCACCAAGAUCAACCUCUACAAGGAUGGCCGCCACGGGAAGGCGUGGGGGAUUCGGCACAAGGCCGGCGUGCAAGCAGCCGAUGCUCCGAUAAGAAUCAGUGGGGUUAACAAACGUGGUUGGAAGUACAUAAAGGCGUCGUUGCAAGAUAUCCCUGGAGCAGAGCCGCCAGCCGUCACCGCUGCUUAGUCAGUUACCCGGCUAGAUAUUUAUUUAGCAGGUGGCAAAACUGGUCCCUGUAGAAGCUUAGUGCUGAAACUAUUCAGAAGGUUGACUGAUCUACCAUCUCCAUCAUUUCAUAAUUCUCCUUUGUCUCUGCAAGUGUUUUUUUUUUUGACCCGGAACAAUUCAUUCCAUUACUAAACUGGCUCAGCAAUGUCUCUGCAAGGGGUUAAACAUAGGUGAAAGGGUUUUAGCGCGGGCGUGAGGCCAGGUUGUCGUGGCCUCCAUGCUUGUUACUGAAGCUAAAGAUGAUGUAGCGUCAAUUUUUUUUUUUUUGGUUUUUUCUUUUUGCAAUGCCUCAUUUCCAUCAGAAGCAAGCGCUUCACCAACAAUGACAAUCGAUCAUAAGGUGAUUCUCGCCAUCGAAGCCGAGGACAUUGCGUUCCUAGAAUGCAAAUUAUGAUCCCGUGUAAUAAAAGUUUUCUCUUGCUUUGUGUAA